UGCUUUUUUUUCAACCCUAACCUAUGUAACAUAUAAUUUUAUUUUUUAGAUCUAGAUCUAGUAAUUGAUUAUCAAAAAUACACAAAAAAUCACAAUUUAGUGUUGCAUUCAGUCUUUUGAUAAAGAAUAUUAUGUAGGCUAGCUAAAAAUUGCAAAAUAAUGCGGAUAUUCAACUUCAAGGCAAUCAAGCAACUGACAGUGCCACGGGUUCGAUACGAAUUGAAUAAAAAUAUUUUUUAAAAUUCAUUUUUUAUUCUUAUUUUAUUAUAUUUGAAGUUUAACGAUGGAAGUAUUGUCUUUUCUUUUAAAAUAUAUUUUAAAUUUUUUGUCCUGUUUUUAGUUCACAUUUUGUAAUGAGUUUAAUUAAAUCCGUGGAAAUAGUUGUUUUUAUUGUUUCAGAUAUUCCCUCAGAAUUGAAGACUAUUACAUCUGAUCCCAAAGCUUCCAGAGGACGACUGGAGAUGGUGGUGGGUAGGGUUCGAGCCCGGGAUCAACGAGAAGACCCAGAGGAAUCAAACUUUCUGUCAAAACUAGACUUAGAUCUAAACAAAUACAAGGCUAAAAAGAAACAAGAGUAAUUCCCCCUUGGCUUUUUACCGGAAGGUAAACACGUCAUACUGAGUGCAGUGUCGCUUCAAGUUUAGAAAAACUUUCUCAAACUUCAGUUCCAUAUCGUAGAAGAUGACAGCAUUUUAUGUAUUACACACGUCAGACGAAAUUGUAAAGUGACUGAUAUUGUAAAACCUGGGUACAUUUUAGAAAACAAGUAAAAAGCAAGCUAUAAAAAUGAGCAGCUGUUCCUCUGUUUAGUCCAUUUUGAAAAGUAAACCCUCUAAGAUGUAUACUCUGCUGUCUGGCUUCUACAAGUACAUGUGCCAGAGGGACCAGUACUUCGUUCUCAUCUUAGGCUUGGACAAUGCUGGGAAAACAACAUUUUUGGAACAAACAAAAACAAAGUUUAACAAAAACUACCAAGGAAUGAAUCUAGCCAAAAUAACAUCAACAGUUGGACUCAAUAUUGGAAAAAUUGAUGUUGGCACAUCUCGCUUGAAUUUUUGGGACCUUGGAGGACAGGAGGAACUUCAGUCAUUAUGGGAUAAAUACUAUGUAGAGUCCCAUGCUGUGAUCUACAUUGUAGACUCCUCGGACAGAGAAAGAGUUGAAGAAUCAAAAGAAGCAUUUGAGAAAAUGGUCAUGAAUGAUAAUCUUGCUGGUGUUCCACUGAUGUUACUAGCCAACAAGCAGGACUUGGAGGGUUGCUUAAAAGUGACAGAAGUCAAGACCAUUUUCAAUGAUCCCCUGCAGGUAAUGGGUCAACGUGAGUCUUGGGUUCAGGGUGUUUCCGCACUUAAAGGUGAUGGUGUUCAAGAGGGAAUCGACUGGCUUGUGGAGGCCAUCAAACGAAAUAGCUCAUCACGUCCUCCACAACAGAAAGAGAUCACAUGAUCUAGUCAAGGGGAAGUUCAUCGAUUGUUCCUUUCUUUCCUGUUCAUCUUUUUGUGUCCUAAUUUUCAUUCCUUCAUCAGAGGUUAUACUUGAGAUUGGAGCGCAACAAAAAAAGACUUAUUUCUUUGGUUCAAUCAACAUUUGUAGCUCUGUACAAAGGAUGUGACUUUUCAUAGAAAAAUGUGACUAUACCGGUAUUUAAAAUUGUUUAUUGGUGAUGCCAACUAUUUAAUAUUUAUCAAGUUUGAAGAUCUGUGUUGUAUAAUUCUAUUCUAUGAGACUGCACUCAGUUUGAGCUGACAGAGUGACAGCUGAAUUGAGGAACAUAUGACUCAAUGAUAUGCCAGGUAUCUUCAUAACUCUGUAAUUAGUCCAAGGGACAGGUGCAAAGUUUUAUUUCACUUGUCUGUAAUAACAGGAUAUGAUACAAAGAUAUUCUGUAAAGGAACAUUGAGGAAGAUUUUUACUAGAACAAACUAAGAGGAUCUUACUGCUAAGCACAUUGUGAGAUUGAGUGAGGAAAUUCCCUUGAAAAUCUGCUUGAUAUUUAAGUUACAGGUAUCCUGUUACAAAUAAAAUUGUUAUUCUAGUGCAUCACUCCUCAAUACUUGGUGCACUCAACUAAAUAUAACUUGAUUGUAAUUCUACUUAGCUAUUAUGAGUUCAUACCCUUGAUAAUAGUUCCCUAAAUAGGAAGUAGAAAGAUUUUUAGAAUAAAAAAUUAAAUUUUUUCAUCUUGUUAUUUCUGUGUGUUGCUGGUGUAGAGGAUAAGAUGUAUUUGUAUCUUUUUAUUGAUCUCAGAGCUUUUGGUAAAUGUGGACAUUUAGUGUAGAGAUGCAUUCAACCUUGACUUUUAGGAAUAGGGUCACAUUAGAUGGCAUGGAUCUUCCAAUUGUAUAUUUUUUCUUGCAUGUGUUAACUGGCUUUUAUAAGCUUCGGGGAAGUUUUGUUUUUUUUCAUUCUCUUUAACAUGAAUAAUUGACAUUGUUGAAAAUGGUCUGUGUUGGUCUUGUCAAUUUGUCUGUAAUUUUUGGUUAUUAUUAGUUCAAUAAUAAUAAUCUUGAAAUAAUGUUACAUUUUCUUAUUGUUUUGAAAAUGUUAGUGUUAUGGUGAAAAAAAUGUAAUUAAAAAAAACAAACAAACAAAA